GGAGUUGGAGGGAGCAGGAGCAGAGGGAGCGAGCUCCAGUAGGAGCCAGGACUCCAGGGGCCAGAAGUUUUCUAGGGAACAGCGUGGAUGCUGCGCCAGCCUCAUCUGGUUGUCACCCACCUCUCAGCUUCAGGUCCUGACCCUCUCUCCUGGAGGCCAUCCAUGCCACCUUCCCCAGGAGGGGAGGACAAACUUUCUUAGGGAAACCACCUCCACUGCUGUGCUGGCUGGACAGGGAGGAGCAAACGCCUGGACAGACAGAUGAACAGAUGGCCGGGGCAUCUGCAAGCCUGCCCUCCCAGGCCCAACCCUGACAGGCACGGCUGAGCGGGCAGCCAAGGGGCUGAGUGCUCCAUAAAGGGCAGCGAGGGGCCCUGCGGGACCUUUGUCCAACAGCGAGCCACCUGAGGCCAGGCGGCUGGAAGCUGCUUCCUGAGGCCCAGCCCUGUGACUGCAAGUGCUGUGGCCAGGACAGGAGUCCCCAUCAGGCAGAGCCACCGGCUCUUCCACUCACGGAGGAGACGGGGAACUUGAGUGAAAAGGCGCAGGUGGCAGGGGGGCAGGCACAGGGCCCCGAGGCCAGCAGGCUGCUGACCCUGGAGCACUCAAGCUCGGGGACUCCUGCCCAGGCUGGGGAUGAUGCUGCCGAGACCACCAGCAGCCACCCCUGCCCUGCCCUGCCGCUGCCCCCAGCCUGGUCCCUGGGCUGCGGAGUGGAGGAUGUGCCCCCCUUCUGCUUCGUCUGCUUUCACCAGGAGGAGGAGGAACUGCUGCUGGAAGAUGGCCCACUGCAGAGUGACAGAAAAUGUGCUUCCUUCCUCCUGUGACUGUGAGAACUGCCUCAUUUUGAGCUGCUGUAUGCUUGGGUCUACUUUUAGGAGCCUCACACAGCACAUAAGGGCAUAGGAUCUGAAGCCCAAAACUGAGUUCAAAUCCCAGCUCUACCAAUUAUUAGCUCUCAGGGAGAAGAUGAGCGUGGGCUGCCCUGAGCCCGAGCCACCCCACUCCCUGCCCUGCUGUGGGCCAGAGACUGUGCCUGGGCUGGGUGCAGGCGUGCCCCUCCUCACUGAAGACAUGCAGGCUCUGACCCUCCGCACAAUGACUGCUAGUGACGUCACCAAGCACUAUGAACUUGUCCGGGAGCUGGGCAAGGGCACCUAUGGGAAGGUCGACCUGGUGGCCUACAAGGGCACAGGCAUGAAAAUGGCACUCAAGUUUGUGAACAAGAGCAAGACGAAGCUGAAGAACUUCCUGAGGGAGGUGAGCAUCACCAACAGCCUCUCCUCCAGUCCAUUCAUCAUCAAGGUCUUCGAUGUGGUUUUUGAGACUGAGGACUGCUACGUCUUUGCCCAGGAGUACGCACCUGCUGGAGACCUGUUUGACAUCAUUCCUCCUCAGGUGGGGCUCCCCGAGGACACCGUGAAGCGCUGUGUGCAGCAACUGGGCCUGGCGCUGGACUUCAUGCACGGGCGGCAGCUGGUGCACCGCGACAUCAAGCCCGAGAACGUGCUGCUGUUUGACCGCGAGUGCCGCCGCGUGAAGCUGGCCGACUUUGGCAUGACGCGCCGCGUGGGCUGCCGCGUGAAGCGCGUCAGCGGCACCAUCCCAUACACAGCGCCCGAGGUGUGCCAGGCGGGCCGCGCCGACGGCUUCGCUGUGGACACGGGAGUGGAUGUGUGGGCCUUCGGCGUGCUCAUCUUCUGCGUGCUCACCGGCAACUUCCCAUGGGAGGCGGCGUCCGGCGCCGAUGCCUUCUUUGAGGAGUUCGUGCGCUGGCAGCGGGGCCGCCUGCCGGGGCUGCCUUCACAGUGGCGCCGCUUCACCGAGCCGGCGCUGCGCAUGUUCCAGCGCCUCCUGGCACUCGAGCCUGAGCGCCGCGGGCCGGCCAAGGAGGUCUUCCGCUUCCUCAAGCACGAGCUCACGUCCGAGCUGCGUCGCCGGCCCUCCCACCGUGCGCGCAAGCCAGCGGGGGACCGGCUGCUGGCCUCCGGGUCGCUGCGCCUCGAGGCACCUGGGCCGCUCAAGCGUACGGUGCUGACCGAGAGCGGCAGCGGCUCCCGGCCCGCGCCCGCCGCAGUUGGGCCCGUGCCUGUGCCGGUGCCGGUGCCCGAGGCCAGCCUGGUGCCUCCCGGGCUCCCCGGCAGGACCGAUGGCCGCCCAGACAAGAGCAAAGGGCAGGUGGUGCUGGCCACGGCCAUCGAGAUCUGCGUCUGAGUUGCCCCCGCUGUGCGGGCAGGGGCGCUGUGCACGCAGCCAGGCCAGGGCGCGGGGAGCCGCCCUGGACCCGUGCCAAGGCAGGGGCAGCAGCCGCGGCAAAACCGACCAGCCCCCACGGGGGCAGGAGGGAGUAGUGGUAAAUUAGGCAGAAUGGUGGGUCCAGGCGUCCUGUCCACGGCAGGCUGCUGAGAUAGGCACCAAAAGACCUCUUGCUCUACCUGUGGGGUAGGAGCUUGGCCCAUAGGAGCCAAGCCUCACAGACCCGAGGAUUUAGAGGCCCCCACACACACCAGAAGCAAGGGAGCUUGCAGGCAGACUCCCCCACACAACCCCGAACCCUUUUGCACCUGGUCCUUUGUACCCCCUGGCAGAUUUUACCCACAGUCCCACCCCUGGUCCUGCCCCCUGGCCACCCUACCCUCUGCAGUCCCUCUACCCACGGGCACAGAAAGGGACUGAAAUGCUGGGGCAGAGAAGGGGCUUAGGGCUCCUGGACACUGGCUGGGAGGAGGGCGAUGAACCGAGGGCAGGGGAGGUCAAAGGGAAGAGGCCAAGUCCCCUGCAAGAUGUAGCAAAUGUCUGGAUGUAAAAAUGUGUGUGUGUGUAUACGUAUGUGCACAUGCAGGCUCAGGCCCCCAAAGUCUAAUGACUCCCCCACAACCCAUUCCCAUGAUGAGGACACUGAGCCCCCAAGAGGGCACCUUUCCAUGAGGUUCACAGUCACUGAGUGGUAGAGCUCUAGUAGGCCUCCCCUUUCUCCACAGGGAUUGUCUUGACACCUCCCUCACAGAGGGCUCCCAGGGCAGGGGCCUCAGUUUCCCCUGCAUCCCUAGGCAUGAAUGAGGAGCCCAGAGCCAGGCUCAGGGAACCUCUCAGACCUUGCCGCCCCAGUCCAGACACAAUGGCUGGACUUCUGGCUGGUGGCAGGGUGAUUUGUGCCAGAAAUUUCUCCUGAAGUCCAGCAUGUCAGCCUGGGGCUGACCCCAUCACCACAUCUUCCAAGUUUCUGGUAGUGGAGUAUGCCACUGUUGGUGUGAGAAUGCUGUGGGUUUAAGAAUGGAGGCUGUGGAAAUGUGAGGGGGUGCAUGUGUGAAUAGGUGUGUGUGCGUUGUGACUGCAGAGUGCCAAUGUGUGCAUGUAGUCUCACAUGUUAAGUGACAGCAUCCAGACGUCUCAGUAACUGCCCCAUCCCAGGAUUCUCACCAGGUAGCUGCCAGAGGGUGUCCAGGCCUGUGCUUCAUCACACCCCUCAGGGAAUCUGGUAAGGAGGCACCUGCAGAUUGGUUCAGGACCCGAGGCAGCAAAACAUAAGAGAGGAACCCACCUUCUGGCAGUGCUCUCCCAUGACCCCUGCACUCUCUGUGGAGGCCUGGGACCCCGCAAUAACCUCAACAUGGGUGAGGCUGCUCCCUCUGCUUGGCAGUGCCCAUCCUCUGCCGCCCUAGGCCACAUCUACCAGGGUCCUCCUGGGCUUCUUGGCCACUUGGGGGGCUCCCUGAUGGGCCAGGAUGAUCAGAGGGGGGAUAAGAACCCUCUGGCCUGGAGCCUGUGCCCCCCUCAUCCCUCAUUCCCACCGUGCAAAAGGGCUAUAGGUCCCCCUGCCCUGCCCGGGUCCAGUUUACAAACAAUGUGCGGCUGCCCCAGGGCCUAGCCCCACUCUCCUUGGUGUGCCCCCUCCCCCUUGAGACCCACCUCUCCAGUGGACACAGGGGCCCUCCACAUGCCAGGUAAGUAGCAAACCCCUCCUCCAACCAAGGAUCACGUCUGUGAAGGCCCCCAUCACUGCCCCCAGCCCACCUGGAGCCCCUGGCUGCCUCUCCCAGCCUCGACUUCUCUUUUUGCCUUAGGCCUCUUGACAUCCUGUCUCCUGCAAUAACAAGGAAGUGAGAUUCCAAGUAGAUGUCCCUCGCCGUGCAUCCUCUCUCUCUUUCUCUCUGUGAAGAUCCUGUUCGGGAGUUUCUCCCUCAUCGUAGUAUCUAGAAUGUUAGAGUUGGGAAGGGACUGUAGUUAUGUAGCCCAGCCCCCAUGUUCAGAGGCACAGAGGGGCAGUGACGGCCUGACGUGGAAGCAGGACUGAAACCAGGUCUGCUCCUUCACUGUCAGGACCCUGCUGCCACCACCUCCGCCUUUACUGGUUGGCUUGGGAUCCUUUGCCCUUUAGGAGAGGUGUUGGUCACAGAUGUUUACCUCAGUUUAUGUCACUGUCGAAGAAACGAAAAUAAAUAGCAAAAAAUUAAUAACACCAUAGAAUGAAGACUUAGAGAAGACAAAAAAAUCCCCCUCCCAUGCGAUUCUUCUGUGAAGGUUGUGUGUGGUGUGUGCACACAUGUGUCUGUCCAACCCCUGGCAGGCUGGGUCAUCCCAACCUCUGUCCCAGCCCAUGUGCCCCCACACUGCCCCUUGUCCUUUGGUGCUUCCCAGAGGCCCUCUGAGCUGACCUGUGGGGCAUGGGGAACCUCCUGGAUGGAAGGCAGGGCCACAGGUUAGCUAGAGGGUCUCCCACCAGGCCCAUUGAGCAGAGCCCCAAGGCUGCCAAUAUUCCCUGAGUCCCUGUUGUGGCCAUCGGGACAGUCAUGGUGGCUGGCAUCAGCAUCAGUCCCCUAGCCCCAGACCUUCAUGUAUUGCCACCCCCCCCACCAUGUGUUUGUAAAUACUCUGGCAUCCUUUGGCCCUGAGAAGGUUUUUAAAUGUGUUAUUUACUUCUCUAAUCAUGACAAUUGCUAUAAAAUAAAGUUUAGAAAAAUUA